AUGGCUUCAAAAUUUAAUGGCAGAACAUUGUUUAGAAGAAGCUGCAAAGAACCAUUGAAACUAAAAGGAACAUUCAGAGCAAAAGCUGAAGCAUUUGGGAAAGAAACCCAAGCAAAAUUGUAUGUCACAAAAGGUUCAGGGGGAGCAUUGCUAGGACAAAAGACAGCAGAAAAGCUUGAUAUUUUAAGAGUAGGCCCAGUUCUAGGUUCUAAAGCAGAUCCAACAAAUCCACUUCACAAAUCAGUAAAUGAAAUCAGUCAAGAAAAGCCAACUGAACACAAAAUAGAUCCUAAGAUUCAGAAAGUUCUGGACAACAACAGAGAAGUAUUUGAAGGCAUGGGUAAAUUCAAAGACUACAAGUUAAAACUACAUAUUGAUGAAAAUGUCAUUCCGGUUCAGCAGCCAAUCAGAAGAUUACCAUAUCAUACAAGAAAGAAAGUUUCUGCAGAACUAGAAAGAUUGUUGAAAAAUGACUGCAUAGAGAAAGUUAAAGGCCCAAGUACCUGGAUAAACCCAAUAGUAGUAGUACCAAAGCCAAAUGGAACCAUAAAAUUAUGUUUAGAUAUGAGAAGAGCCAAUGAAGCCAUAGUAAGAGAAAGACACCAGAUUCCAAAAGUUGAAGAAAUCCUCCCAGAGUUGCAUAAUGCCAAAUACUUUUCAAAGAUUGAUUUAAAAGAAGGGUACCACCAACUAGAGUUGGCAGAGGAAUCAAGGCACAUAACAACAUUUCUAACACAUGAAGGUUGUUUUCAAUCAAAACGUCUUGUGUAUGGAGUCAGUUCAGCCUUUGAGCAGUUUCAGAAGGUUAUUGAGCAAAGCAUUGCAGGUUGCCCAGGCACAAGGUCAAUAUCAGAUGACAUUCUGAUAUGGUCAUCGAGUAGAGAUGAAAUGGCAGAGCGUCUUGACACGCUAUUCAAAGCAUUGCAUGCCAGAAACUUAAAGAUCAAUCCAAAGAAAUGUGUAUUUGGAACAACAAAGCUCACAUUUGCAGGAUAUUGUCUAACAGACAAAGGAAUUCAUCCAGAUAAAUCCAAAGUGGAUGCAGUCAACAAUGCCAAAGUCCCAACAAAUGCAACAGAAGUAAGAAGUUUCCUAGGUCUAGUCAACUUUUGUUCACACUUCAUCAAAGACUAUGCUACACUUACGGAACCUCUGAGGAAACUCACCAGAAAGGAAACUACAUUUGCAUGGAACAAGGAACAACAAGCAAGUUUCACAAAGUUAAAGGAAAGCCUCACAAAUGCAAGCACAAUGGCUUAUUACCAGCCUCAUGCAGACACAAAAGUUAUUGUAGAUGCUUCACCAGUAGGACUAGGAGCAAUCCUUACUCAAAAACAACAAGAUGGACAAUUCAAGCCAGUUGCUUAUGCAUCACAUGCAUUAAGCCCAACAGAACAAAGAUAUUCUCAGACAGAAAGAGAAGGCUUAGCCGCAUUUUGGUCAACACAGAAGUUUCAUUACUAUUUGUAUGACAGAGAAUUUACAAUAGUAACUGACCACAAACCACUUGAAAAACUAUUAUCAGCAAGAGGAAGCCCUACACCAAGAUUGCAAAGAUGGUUACUAAAAAUGCAACCAUACAAGUUCACUGUUCAAUUUGAACCAGGACACACAAAUGCAUCUGAUGUCCUAUCUCGUUCACCUUUACCAGCUACAGGAGAAAAGUUAAGUGAUGAUACAGAACAUUUCAUCAACUCAAUUGUUUAUGAUGCUAUUCCUAAAUCAGUCACAAUAGAGGAAAUUCAAGAAAUAUCAAGAAAUGAUGAAAUAUUGAAAAACAUCAAAGAACAGAUCAAAUCAGAGAAAUGGUCAAAAAGUCCACAAUACAAACCAUAUUUUCUGAACCGGAAAGACCUCUGGAUCAAAGAUGAUAUUAUUUUAAAAGGCACAAAGCUAAUAAUUCCCACAGAUCUAAGACAAAGAAUACUUGCCACAGCACACCAACAUCACUUAGGCAUUGUGAAAACUAAAGGAUUACUUAGAGAAAAAGUAUGGUGGCCAGGAAUAGAUCAAGAAGUGGAAAACUUGAUAAAACAUUGCCAUGCAUGUCAAGUAACAGGAUCCAAUAAAGUCAAUUUUGAACCACUUGAGGUAACAAAGAUACCCUCAACAAAUUGGCACACAGUAGCUUUGGACAUUCAAGGACCAUAUCCAACAAAGGAUUACUUAAUAGCACUCAUAGACUACAGAUCAAGAUAUCCAGUAGUUGCACAAGUCAAAACUAUCAACACAAAGACGGUAAUCAAAGCAUUGGAUAAGAUAUUUUCUAUGUUUGGCUACGUGCACAAAUUAGUUGCUGACAAUGGAAAACAGUUCAUUUCAGACGAAUUCAAACAGUACCUCAAACAACAUGGGAUAAAGCUAAGGAAUGUGACACCGUAUUCACCAUGGGUCAACGGUGAAGUUGAAAGAUUCAACAGAUCACUCAAAAAGGCAAAUCAAUGUGCACACGCAGAAGGAAAAGAUUGGAGAGAAGAGCUGAACAAGUUUCUACUUCUCUACAGAACAACCCCACAUGCAACAACAGGACAGUGCCCAGCUACAGUAUUUUUUGGACGUGGUAUCAAGAAUGACAUACCAGAAUAUGCAAAGGAUGAACCACAAGACACAGAAUUAGAUAGGAAAGACAGAGAAAAGAAAGGAAAAAUGAAAAAUUACACAGACAUCAAAAGGAAUGCAAAAGACAGUGAAUUUCAGGAACAAGACACAGUGCUAGUAAAGAAUCUCUGGAAAAAUGACAAAUUAUCUCCAAAUUGGUUAAAUGAGAAAUUCAAAGUCAUCAAGAUCUACAGGAAAAGUGCUUUACUAGAGAAUGAAAGAGGAAACAAAUUUUACAGGAACAAAGCUCAUCUCAAGAAAUACAAUGAGAGUGAAUCAAACAGACAAGCAGUACCUCAAAAGGAGAACACACACAACACAGAUGAAGAGGAAGACAUCUUAGCAGAGGAACUCUUAAUUGACAAUGCGCAAAAUGUCGCAAGGCCAACGCGUUCCGAGCGCAGACCGAAUAGAGCAAUCACUAAUGCUAAUGACGCCAAUAACACUCCACACUUAAAUGAAAACAAUAAUUCUAGUUUGCAUGAAAGUGAUAAUGCUGACAUGCAUCAAAAUAGUGAAAAUAGGUUUAAGGAAGGAAUUGUUGAGGAUCAUUGGAAUAAACAAAGCAAUGAAGACAUACAAGAAGAUAUUGGCAACAGAACACCAGUUUUUGUACCAGAUUCUGUUCCAACAGCCAUUCAAGAACAAGUACAAGUGAAGAAAUUUCCAAUAAGAAGGAGUUGUAAGAAGAAAAACUGA